ACAAAAUAUGUGUGUGUUGAAAUUCAAUUUUUCUCAUAUAUAAAAGUAAUAUUUUCCAAUAGGAAUAUCUCGUUACGUUGUUUUUUUUUCGAUUGAAAGUUACGUCCAAAAAUCAGAAUGUGGACAGACAUUACUUUUUCUCUUUUCCUCUUUUACAGUACUCAUGAUCUCUUCAGUGCUGCAUUAGAAGCAGCGAUAUCAUCUCUUUGCCGCGAACUCUGAGGCCUCAAGGCACUUCAAGGUACUCCGAACUCCGAAGCUUCUUCGUAGUCGCGCGCAUGCGACCCUGCGGACGUGACAGCAGAGUCGAUCGAAGGUGGGAGUUCGCUCAGCUGGUCGAACAGCUGCCGAAAGCCCAUUUGAUUUGAGAUACCCUGUACAUAACAGCUUGAAAUUGAACUUAUGUUGACAUUGGACCUGACCUUUCUACGACCAGAUAUACACAAGUGGUAGAGAGAUAUCUGCAAUAAUGCAACAAAAAUAUCCCAUAAAUUUGUACGACUGAUUAUUUAUAAAAUUGCGGAAAAAACGAGCAAUGAAGUUUUAACAAUGCUGCAAACGGGAUUACUUCGUAGUGCUUCUGCCAAACGUCUCAAAUAUGUUGGUACUGGAGUAGCGCUGUUAAGUGUCAGUUACAUCCUUCUCCCUUCGAAUAAGAAGAAAGUUGUGAGGAGCGUCGCAGGAAGUUUGAUUAGAUUCGCAAGAUCGUUCAAGAUUAGUGCAACGGUUUCUAUGGAUUAUUUAAUCGCUCCUUUGAUGGGGCAUACGUACACAGAAAUUCAUCGGAGAUCUGCCAAUCGGAUCGUUCAGGGAUGUUUGAGAAACGGCGGAAUUUACAUAAAGCUCGGACAAGGUUUUGCGGCUGUAAAUCACGUUCUACCAAAAGAAUAUAUCGAAAGUUUGUCAACAUUGCAGGACAAAUGCUUAACGCGCGAAAAAGACGAACUUGAAGAAAUAUUCCUGCAAGAUUUUGGCAAGAAACCUGAGGAAAUGUUACGUAAAAUUGAAUCUGAGCCAGUAGCAGCUGCCAGUUUAGCUCAGGUGUACAAAGGUGAAACCUUAGAUGGAGAGAAAGUGGCUAUUAAAGUACAAUAUAUCGAUCUUCAGGAGAGAUUUAUAUCCGACAUAAAAGCGGCGAUUUUUCUGUUAAAAGUUGUUUCUGUUAUAUACCCAAAAUUUAAUUUGCACUGGGUAUUUGAUGAUGUUUUUGAAGCAUUGGCGAAAGAGUUGGAUUUCGAGAGAGAAGGAAAGAAUGGAGAACAAUGUGCCAAAGAUUUAAAAAAAUAUGAAUAUGCAUAUGUGCCGAAAAUUUAUUGGGAUCUUAGUAGUAAGAGAGUUCUUACGACGGAAUGGAUUGACGGUGUAAAAGUAACCGACGUGGAAGGAAUCAAAACUAUGGGAUUAAAUCUCUCUGAUGUUGAUAAGAAACUGAUCACUUUAAUGGGAGAACAAAUUUUCCAUACAGGUUUCGUACAUGCUGAUCCACACCCAGGAAAUGUAUUUGUGAGGAAGGGAAAGGACAAUAAAGCGCAGAUAGUGCUGUUAGAUCACGGUUUAUAUCAAUACCUGCCGGAGAAAAUAAGAUGUAUCUUGUGUAACUUUUGGGAAUCGAUGGUUUUGAAGAAUGACUGCUCAUUGAAAAUAUAUGCGAACGACUUGAAUGUGAAAGACCAUAUAAUGCUGGCAGAAAUAUUAACACAAGCGCCAUACAGAAUUUCUUUAACGUUACGCUUGAAUAAUACAACAAUGGACGAGUAUAUGAAGAACCAAGCGCAGGAACAUUUUGAUAAAAUAACAGAAACGUUAAAAUUGAUGCCUAAACAUAUAUUGUUGGUAAUAAGGAACUUGAACACGAUACGUGCUAUUAUCAGAGAUCACGGGGACAUUAUCAAUCGAUAUAGAAUGAUGGCAAGAAUCGCAACACGUGGUAAAUAUCGAGUUGCGAAACAGUCUGUUUACAAAACUAUAGCAAGUAUUUACAGCGCCGUAAAAUUUGAAUGCCGACUUUGGUUACACAAUUUUGUACAAUGGUUACUUAACAUUUAUUUAAAUAUUUUGAAACUAAUCGGUUAUGAUGUUACGGAAAUGUUGCAAAUGUUACAAUGACAUUUAAUCAAAAUAUGUGUGUAUUCGAUAUUAAUAUACGACUUUAUAUGCCUU